CCGGAAUGGGUUAUACGGAAUUGCAGUAGCUCUCGUCCCUCUCUUCCGGAAUUCCAGUGUCUAACCUUCUAUCCCCAGCUUCGCUAUCCUGCCCCUCCCUCUCUCCUCUUCCCGAUAAGGUUCCAUUCCCAUGCCGCAGCCGCUUCCCUUUGCUGGAUACUGACCUCUCUCCCCCAAAAUCUAUCCCUUCCGUAACGAUUUCAUCGGUCGUAUGGGCUCCACCGCGCUCCCCCACCCGUUGGUCUCUCUCCCCAAGGCCCCUCCUCGCUCCCCAAAACUAGCGCUUCCCGUCUUCUCUUCGCUCCACCUGUGCUCCUCUACUUCGAGCCGUCUCUCCACCUCUAGGGCUCAACCUCGCGGAUUCGGGUCCCCCGUUUUCUUUCCUGUGAUCCGCCGGAGCAGGGAACCCGCGGUGCUGGUCGCGAAAUCGAGCUCCGAGGAAGAGGCGGCUGCGGCGGGAGAUGCGGAGGAGGUGGCAGUGGAGGAAGGGGAAACCCUAGCAAACCAGUCAGCGGUGGAGGAAGAGUCGAAGGUCUCCGAUGCCGAAGCAGAGGCGAAGCCUCCGAGGAAACCUAGAAUCAAGCUUGGAGAUAUCAUGGGGAUUUUGAACAAGAGAGCAGUCGAGGCUGCUGAGAAGGAAAGGCCAGUGCCAGACAUCAGGACUGGGGAUAUUGUGCAGAUUAAACUGGAAGUGCCAGAGAAUAGGCGCCGGUUAUCCAUUUACAAGGGUAUAGUCAUGUCGAAGCAAAAUGCAGGAAUACACACCACAAUUCGAAUUCGGAGAAUUAUUGCGGGUAUCGGUGUUGAGAUUGUCUUCCCCGUGUACUCACCGAAUAUUAAGGAGAUCAGGGUUGUUAGUCACAGGAAGGUGAGGAGGGCAAGGCUGUACUACUUGAGGGACAAGCUACCUCGUUUUUCCACCUUCAAGUAACUCCCCAUACUAUCAAGCUACUAGUUGCUGCUUAAGACAUUCAGCCCUUUCCUUUAUGGCAAGCGAGGUCUGUUCGGUGUUGUAGCACCAGACAUCCUCUUUCUUCUGCUUUUUGUGUUCUUUCCUUUGCUGAGUUCUUUGAUUGACAGAAUCUUAUAUUGUAUAAUAUCCGAUGCUGCAUGUUAAUUUUGUACUUGAGAAUAUAUGUGAAUGUCAAUUCUUAUUCUUCGGAAA